AUGGCUCGUACCAAGCAGACCGCCCGCAAAUCGACCGGAGGCAAGGCUCCCCGCAAGCAGCUCGCCACCAAGGCCGCCCGCAAGUCCGCCCCGGCCACCGGCGGAGUCAAGAAGCCCCACCGCUACCGCCCCGGAACCGUCGCCCUCCGUGAGAUCCGCCGCUACCAGAAGUCCACCGAGCUCCUCAUCCGCAAGCUGCCCUUCCAGCGCCUUGUCCGUGAAAUCGCCCAGGACUUCAAGACCGACCUCCGCUUCCAAAGCUCCGCCGUCAUGGCCCUCCAGGAGGCCUCUGAGGCCUACCUGGUCGGACUCUUCGAGGACACGAACCUGUGCGCCAUCCACGCCAAGCGCGUCACCAUCAUGCCCAAGGACAUCCAGCUGGCCCGCCGCAUCCGUGGAGAACGUGCC